AGCGCGCGGGACCAGCUCGCCCCGGGCCGCCCGCGCGCGGGGUGUGUAAGGACGCACUCCCGGUCGCAGAGUGCCAGAGCAAGGGAGCAGUUGCUGUGGUACCUGCUGCUACCAGGGCGGACACUGAGCAUCGGGCACAGGGCACGGCGUGCUGGACGGGAAGGUGAAGUCAUGACGUCCGCCAGAGAAAAUGUGCUAUUUGGAAUGGGAAAUCCUCUUCUUGACAUUUCUGCUGUAGUAGAUAAAGAUUUCCUUGAUAAGUAUUCUCUGAAACCAAAUGACCAGAUCUUGGCUGAAGACAAACACAAGGAACUGUUUGAUGAACUUGUAAAAAAAUUCAAAGUUGAAUAUCAUGCUGGUGGCUCUACCCAGAAUUCAAUGAAAGUGGCUCAGUGGAUGAUUCAGGAGCCACACAAAGCAGCAACAUUCUUUGGAUGCAUUGGGACAGAUAAAUUUGGGGAGAUCCUGAAGAAUAAAGCUGCUGAAGCACACGUGGAUGCUCAUUACUACGAACAGAGCGAGCAGCCGACAGGAACGUGUGCUGCAUGCAUCACUGGCGGCAACAGGUCCCUGGUUGCUAACCUUGCCGCUGCCAAUUGUUAUAAAAAAGAAAAGCACCUUGAUGUGGAGAGGAAUUGGAUAUUGGUAGAAAAAGCCAGAGUUUACUACAUAGCUGGCUUUUUUCUAACAGUCUCGCCGGAGUCAGUGUUGAAAGUGGCUCAGUAUGCUGCUGAGAGCAACAGGAUCUUCACACUGAAUCUCUCUGCACCAUUUAUUAGCCAGUUCUUCAAGGACUCCUUGAUGAAAGUCAUGCCUUAUGUUGACUUCCUCUUUGGAAAUGAGACGGAAGCUGCCACUUUUGCUAGAGAGCAAGGCUUUGAGACUAAAGACAUUAAAGAAAUAGCCAAAAAGGCACAGGCUCUUCCAAAGGUGAACUCGAAGAGGCAGAGGACCGUGAUCUUCACGCAAGGGAGAGAUGACACUAUAGUGGCUACAGAAAAUGAUGUCACUGCUUUUGCUGUCUUGGAUCAAAACCAGAAAGAAAUCGUUGACACCAAUGGAGCUGGCGACGCGUUUGUUGGAGGGUUCCUGUCUCAACUGGUCUCUGACAAGCCUCUGGCCGAGUGCAUCCGCGCAGGCCACUAUGCCGCAAGUAUCAUAAUCAGGCGAACUGGCUGCACCUUUCCUGAGAAGCCAGACUUCCACUGAUGGGGUC